AUGAAUUCUAACAAAGAAGAUGUAUUGCACAAACUUGAGUUUAAGAAAAUAAUAAAAAACUCACCAAAGAGCAACCCUGAGGAAUGCUUGAAUCCUCCUUCUUUUAGUGAAAGCUUUUUCUUAGUAAAUUCAAUCAUAUCAUAUGAUAACUUAAAAGAAACUAAGCAAGAUUAAAUAAAUCAAUUCUUGGUUGAGAAUUGUGAGAAAUGGGUGGAAACUUCGGAGUCAACUUAAUGCAUACCACAUUCCAGGAAAAAAUAAAUAAGAAAAAAAUUAUCAUAGUUUUCUGUUCUUAUUUAAAUACUGCUCUUUAUGAAAUAUUCGAUUGAUUUUUUGAACACCAUAUUUAACCUUUUUUGCGGAAUUUACAUUCCUUAUCUUUAACUCAGAGAGGAGUAUCAAAAUAUUAGCAAUACACUUUACUUUCUAGUAUUUUUUCAUUUACUCUUUAUCUUUAUUUAAAAUCUUUAUUCAUAUAUACAAAUACUCAAAACCUCAAACACACAUAAUGAAUAAAAGUUUAGUUUAUUAAAUUAAAUUACUUUGAAGAAUUUAACAGUCAUAUCCAUUUUAUUAAUAUACAUUAUAGAAAAUGUGAGUCAAAUUCUUUUAUUAAUAUCAUUUUAUUACUUCUUCAUGGGGUUUUAGAGGAUAGAAAUAUUUACUAUUUUGCUAAUUAUUAAAAGAAAAAAGUUCUAUAAAACUCUCGCAAUUUCCAAAGCCAUUAUUUAUUAUAUUUACUUCUUGCACUUAUUCUCAUGUUUUUUUGAACAGUCAACAGAAAGUGGAGAUUAUUUAUAAAAAUAUAAGGAUUCCUUAAUAAUCAACAUAAAUUUUAUAACUUUCCAAGCAAAUUACCAAGUCUAGGAAUCAACCUUGAAUUUUGAAGUAAUAAUUAAUUAAAUAAUUGCAUUGCUUCUGAUGUUAUAUACAAUUGAUGUUUUAAUUCAAAUAAGAUCAAAUAAUGGUUACAUUGAAAAUUAAAUAUAAUUUGAUGUGUAUGUGUUACAAUAUUACUUUUGGAACCAUAAGGGAUAAUUAUUAAAAAAAUUAAAAUUAUAUCAAUAAAUCUCGAAUAAAGAAUUGACAUAAAAAUAGUUGGCUUAAUAAGAAAUUAUUAAAAAAAUUUAUUAAUCCAUUUUAAAGGACAAUUUAAAAGUUCUUAAUAUUUUUUCAAAAUAAUUUACAACAAAUUUAUCGUAAAAACUAAAAUCAAUAAGAAAGUGCAAGGAAAAAAUAAAAUUAGAUAGAUAUGGAUUAUAUUUGAUUUUGGAAGGAAAGGGGUACCUCAGAUUAGGAAACUAAUUUAAAGGCCAAAAAGAAAUCGAUUCAAAAUAAUUCUAAUUUGGAUUGAUAAAUUGUUUUCAGAGGAAUAUAUCCGAUGUUGAAUUAGAAUUGGAUGAUCACUUUUUAUUAUUAUAUAUAAGUUCUGAAGAUUUUUCAUAAAGUCUUACUUUAAGUUAGGAUUUUGAAUCCUUUCAUCUAAUAAAACAUAAAAUCAUUUUCGAAGGUGAAACAAAUCUGAUAGAAUAUAGAUGUUGGAUUUGUAAUGGGUAUCAUUAAGAAAGAAGAUGCUCAGUUAUAAAAGUGUAAAUGAACUUUGCUAUCUAAAAUGAGAAUAAUGUUAGAAGUCAUUUAAAAAAAAGAUUCCAGAGUAAAAGUUAAAGAGCUUAUAAAACCUAUGUAAAAUUUCAUUUUGAUAUAUUUAAGAGACUUUGCAAGCAAAAUGAUAGUGCAACCAUUGAUUAGAGUGAUAGCAGUUCAAGUGAUAGUAAAGAUGAGUUUGAAGUAUAUGCUGAUGAAGGAAGUGGAAGUCAAAGGGUUACUGAGAAAAACAUUAUUUUAACUAGCAAAGGAAAUAUAUAAAUUCCUACAAUUUAAAAGGAUGGAUAUGUAGAAUACAUUACCGAUAAAUUAUAUGAAUAAUUAAGGAGUAGUCAUAAAAACAUACAACUAUAACCAUCUAUCUACACUAGUAGUUAGCAAAUUGCAUAAAUAAUACAACCGGAUUUUAAAAGUAUCCCUUUAAACUCUUCCCAAUAUAAAUUUCAAGAACUCUUAAGUGUUGAUGAUUUUGACUGUGUGAAAGAAUAUGCCUAUUUUUACCCAGAGUACAACAUAAGCUACAUCAUUUCACUAAUAUAAAAAUGA